AUGGGACUCUCGCUCAUCCUCAACUGGAUCAGGAGCUCGAGGGACGCCAUCGUGCUGAACGAUGUCCAGUCCAAUUUCGCAGGUUUGGCUGAGCUUCUGCCCAUGGUGGCCACGGACGACCGGACGGUGAUCAUCACGUCGGUGAACGAGGCGUUCGCGCGGUCGGGCUCCCUGCUGGGCCUCUUCCGUGAGAGCUUCUUCGCCGGCGAGAAGAUCGACCACUUCCUCAACCACCUGCUCGUCGUCGCCAUGGACCCCAUGGCCUACCGCCACUGCCGGACCGUGCACCGGUUCUGCUACCUCCUCCCGACGACGAAGACGUCCAUGGACCUGAGCUCCGCGAGCGACUUCAUGAGCGACGCGUACGUGGAGCUGGUGUGGACCAAGCUGGAGCUCCAGCAGCGCGUGCUCCAGCUCGGCUACAGCUUCCUGUUCACGGACGUGGACAUCCUGUGGUUCCGGGACCCGUUCCGGCACAUCGGCGUGCACGCGGACAUGGCGACGUCCUGCGACGUGUUCUCGGGCGACGCGGACGACCUCAGCAGCUGGCCCAACACGGGGUUCUACUACGUGAAGGCGACGAACCGGACGGUGGAGAUGCUGCGGCGGUGGCGGGCGGCGCGGCGGAGGUUCCCGCGGAACCACGAGCAGACCAUCUUCAACAACAUCAAGCACGAGCUCGCCGGCGCCGGCAGCGACCUGCGCAUACGCGUGCAGUUCCUCGACACGGCGCGCUUCGGCGGCUUCUGCCAGCUGUUCCGCAACGACAUGGCGAGGGCGUGCACCAUGCACGCCAACUGCUGCAUCGGCAUGGCGAACAAGGUCAGCGACCUCCGGGACGUGCUGGGGCAGUGGAGAAACUACACGGUGAUGGCGCCGGCGGAGAAGAUGAAGGCCAAGGCCGCCGGGAGGAGCUUCGAGUGGCGCGUCCCGGCCAAGUGCGGGACGCCCGACAAGAGGCCAUAGUAGCACGGGAAGAAGAAAAUUUAAAGCUAAGGUUCAUGCAUUGCAACGGGAAUAUAAACAUUAUACAUUGGUGUGUUAAAAUCUUAGCAAUUUUUUGUAUGCAAUCGCCAAAAUUUACCUGGCAUCUUUUUGAUAAGCACUUAUUUGGUAAGAAUUUAUUGACUUACCAAAGUUUUUGGAAAA